UUCCGUGGUGGCAAAAGUUGGUCUGGUCUCUGGUGUACGCAAUCCUUUUGAUGGUAGCAACUGGUGGCAACGUUAUAGUCAUGUGGAUUGUUCUGGCACACAGGCGCAUGCGGACUGUGACAAAUUACUUCUUGGUGAACUUAUCAGUGGCGGACUUGUUGAUGUCGGUACUCAACUGCGUUUUUAAUUUCAUCUUCAUGCUGAAUUCUGAUUGGCCUUUUGGAGGUGUUUACUGCACCAUCAAUAACUUCGUGGCAAACGUGACAGUAGCUUCAAGUGUUUUUACUCUAGUUGUCACAUCGUUCGAUAGGUAUAUGGCAAUCAUGCGACCCCUUAAGCAUCACAUGUCUCGCAGGAGGACAAUAUUGGCUUUGUUCUCGAUAUGGUUCGCUUCAGCGAUGUUGGCAAUCCCAUGCAUCCUAUAUUCCACCACCAAAUCUCGAAGGUAUCACAAUGGGAACACUCGUAUUCUGUGUUACAUGCAGUGGCCCGAUGGUAGUUACCCAAAUAGCAAAACGGAAUACAUAUACAAUUUAGUGUUUCUUGGACUUACUUAUCUGAUCCCCAUGCUGAUAAUGGCCAUAUGUUACACGUUAAUGGGUCGUAAAUUAUGGGGCUCAAAAUCAAUAGGGGAACACACGCAAUAUCAAAAAGAGUCAAUGAAGUCCAAAAGGAAGGUCGUUAAAAUGUUCAUUAUCGUGGUGACGAUAUUUGCCGUAUGUUGGCUGCCAUAUCAUGGCUUUUUUAUUUUCGCCUAUCAUCAUCGUCGUUUUGCAGAAACGAGCUACGCGCAACACGUUUUUCUAGGAUUUUAUUGGCUUGCAAUGUCGAAUGCGAUGGUGAAUCCUUUAAUAUACUAUUGGAUGAACACGAGAUUUCGGCUUUACUUUCAGCAAAUUAUAUGUAGAUUUUUCUGUGUGAUUGGUCGUUCGAACCUUCGAGGUCGUCAACGUUCUGGUAUUCUUCCUUCUCAGUCUGGUCACAUGCGGUCGAUGUCUAUUCGAUGGCGACACAGUAAUGCGGAAACUCACGUCCAAGCCUUAAGGAUGAAUUCGCGACCAAUAUGCGAAAAAAGCGAUUCCAGAGACGAUGUAGCCAUAAUCUAAGUUAUAUUUUUUGAAAUGCGUGAAGGGAAACGUCUUAUGAAAUAUUUAAAUAAAUAAUUUCAUCAACUUGUAAAUAAGUUUCCACCACUUCCUGGGGACCUAGGAAGCUGAAUCAAUGUGCAGAAAUUUCAGUUAUGAAAUUACUUUUU